AUGGAUCAAGACGACAGCGGCUCAGGCAAUAUAUUCGCAACAUACCCGUUUUCUUGGGUACUUGUCCCAAUCAUCAUAUUCGUCGGUGUUGGGACGCUUCUCAUGUGUUACCGAUAUCGCCGCCGAAGGAAGCUCCGCAUGUUAUACGGCACCAGCGCUUUAGAACGAGAUCUAGAAGCCAUGGGCAACCGUUCGAGAUCGAGGGCACCUGCCGAGCGUCGGACAAGAGGAGGGAGACGUGGACUAGGAUCGAACAUUGGUAGUAGAGAGGAAGGUCUAAAUGAGUUGGGUGAAGCGCCACCAGCCUACACCCCCGCACAAAAACGACCCGAUAACACAGACGACGUAGAAUUAAGUCCAUUGCAACCAUUACCGGGUGCUAUAGCCACAGACGGGCCUGGUACCAGCAGACCACCAACAUACGAAGAAUUACAACAGGGAGCGGAUCAGACGCAAUCUACAACACCCGCUCCGACAUCCAACAUACCGGAGCCGCCCCCGAGAGCGGUCUUACCUCCGCAUUAA